UUCCGUAUACACUAUUCACAUGUUCAAUAAAUAGAAUCUUUUUAAGCCUUAUCCCAUCUCUCAACUACACAAAACCUCCAGCAUGAGCUCUAUGGAAAUACAAGCCCCUCAUCCCGGCACCAAACCUUCAGACCCUGAAAAACAUGUAGCCAACGGAGAAAACUACGACGACGAGGAGAUCUCCCCCAUUGAACAAGUCAGGCUAACCGUGGCCAACACCGACGACCCGACCCUGCCAGUAUGGACCUUCAGGAUGUGGUUCUUGGGCAUUUUAUCCUGCGCCCUCCUCUCUUUUCUCAACCAGUUCUUCUCUUACAGAACAGAGCCUCUAAUCAUAACUCAAAUCACAGUCCAAGUUGCCACACUUCCCGUAGGCCACUUCAUGGCCUCCGCUUUGCCCAAGACCCAGUUUAAAAUUCCAGGUUUUGGGUCCAAAAUGUUUUCUUUGAACCCUGGCUCAUUUAACAUGAAAGAGCAUGUUCUCAUUUGUAUUUUUGCUAAUGCUGGAAGUGCUUUUGGCAAUGGUUCUGCUUACGCAGUUGGCAUAGUUAAUAUUAUCAAAGCCUUUUAUGGUCGGAGCAUAUCGUUCUUGGCCAGUUGGCUUCUCAUUAUCACCACCCAGGUGCUCGGAUAUGGCUGGGCUGGGCUGCUAAGGAAGUAUGUUGUGGAGCCGGCUCACAUGUGGUGGCCUAACACCUUGGUGCAAGUCUCACUUUUCAGGGCUUUGCAUGAGAAAGAUGAUCGGCGAAUGACAAGGGCAAAGUUCUUCCUCAUUGUACUAAUUUGCAGCUUCUCAUGGUACCUGGUCCCAGGGUACCUCUUCACAACCCUUACCAGCAUCUCAUGGGUCUGCUGGAUUUUCCCCAAGUCAGUUACCGCCCAGCAAAUUGGUUCAGGUCUGAAGGGACUUGGACUAGGAGCCGUGACGCUUGAUUGGUCUGCUGUGGCAUCCUUCUUGUUCAGUCCACUCAUCAGCCCUUUCUUUGCCAUUGCCAAUGUUUUUGCAGGCUAUGUAUUGAUAAUUUACAUAGCAAUUCCUGUAGCUUAUUGGGGUCUAGACUUGUACAAUGCUAGCAGAUUUCCCAUAUUCUCAUCUCACUUGUUCACAGCCAAAGGUCAAAAGUACAACAUAACAGCAAUCGUUAAUGACAAGUUUGAAAUCGAUUUAGCGAAGUAUGAAGAGCUGGGACGAAUUAAUCUAAGCAUGCUCUUUGCUUUCACUUACGGGUUUGGUUUUGCCACCAUUGCAUCGACACUGACACAUGUGGCCCUCUUCUAUGGAAGGGAGAUAUAUGACCGGUAUCGUGCUUCAUACACGGGAAAGGAGGAUAUUCAUACAAGGUUGAUGAAAAAUUACAAGGACAUACCUUCCUGGUGGUUUUACAUAUUGCUUACUGCAACAUUUGUAGUAUCGCUUGUCCUCUGUAUCUUCUUGAAAGACCAGGUUCAGAUGCCAUGGUGGGGACUCCUCUUUGCUGGUGCCAUGGCCUUCGUCUUCACCCUUCCGAUUAGCAUCAUAACUGCCACAACAAACCAGACACCAGGCUUGAACAUUAUUACAGAGUAUGUCAUGGGUCUCAUAUAUCCAGGAAGACCUAUUGCAAAUGUAUGCUUCAAAACCUAUGGUUAUAUGAGCAUGGCUCAAGCAGUCUCCUUCCUUAAUGAUUUCAAGCUAGGACACUACAUGAAGAUACCUCCAAGAUCCAUGUUCUUGGUACAGUUCAUAGGAACAGUUCUGGCUGGAACUAUCAACCUCGCAGUGGCAUGGUGGUUGCUGAACUCUAUUGAGAACAUAUGCCACGAUGAUCUCCUCCCUGCUGAUAGUCCCUGGACAUGCCCUGGUGACCGAGUCUUCUUCGAUGCAUCAGUUAUAUGGGGUUUGGUGGGACCCAAACGGAUCUUUGGAUCUCUAGGAAACUAUCGGGCGAUGAAUUGGUUCUUCGUAGGAGGUGCAGUAGGACCUGUCAUUGUUUGGCUCUUGCACAAGACAUUUCCCAAGCAAUCUUGGAUUCCCCUAAUUAACCUUCCAGUCCUUCUAGGAGCAACAGGGAUGAUGCCACCAGCAACACCAUUAAACUACAAUGCCUGGAUUAUAGUUGGAACUAUUUUCAACUUUUUCAUCUUCCGUUACCGAAAGCAUUGGUGGCAAAGGUACAAUUACAUUCUUUCAGCAGCUCUAGACGCUGGGGUGGCCUUCAUGGCAAUACUAUUGUACUUCUCGGUGGGAAUGGAAAAUAGAAGUUUGACAUGGUGGGGCACAGGUGGUGAACAUUGUGAAUUAGCAACUUGUCCAACAGCCAAGGGAAUAGCAGUUGAAGGUUGUCCAGUGAACUAAUGAAUGCACUCCCCUGUUAAAUCUUUCAACAGUUUCACACCAUAGAAUUAGAAGGACCCAAAAGGUAUAGUUAAAAAAAUUAAGGCAUCACCAGAAUUUUAUGUGUUAUAUGUAACAUAUUGUUCAAGAAAAAAUUUCCUUAACAUUCAGGUGCAUUCUUUUGGAUUUAUUCCUUAGCAAAAGAGCAAGUUUAUGUCCAAAGAAAAUCAACAUCAGCACCAGAAGUGUCAAUUUCGGAAUACUUUAUGAAAUACAAAGGAAAGUUUGCUGUUCU